UUUGCCGUAUCAACUGCCAUCUGUCGAGACGCGUUCGCUUCUACAGGAUGUACGACUAGGAACAAUUGUCACUAACCUUUGUCGAUGUUCCCGCCAGGUCCGUUACAUUUUACAAAAAGAAAACGCGAACAAAUAAAAAGGAUUUUGAUGCUGCGAUGGGGGCGCCACUAUUCCUGGUGAGACGGUUAUAGCGUUCCCGCGCAAACGAGCGCCGACCUAACUGCCGCCGCCAAAAUAUCUGACGUACAUACGCAUAACCGUCGCUGAGUUAGGUAGAGGUUCAUUCGCUGCUUGGUAUUCCGAGGAGGAGCAUCUUGUGUUAAAUUCGAGGAAAGUUUCAAAUAAUUACUACAAAAGAUGUCUGGCCGUGGCAAAGGUGGAAAGACUAAGGGAAAGGCAAAGACCCGCAGUAGUAGGGCAGGGCUGCAGUUUCCCGUUGGAAGAAUCCAUCGUCUUUUGAGAAAAGGAAAUUAUGCAGAACGAGUUGGAGCUGGAGCUCCAGUUUAUUUAGCCGCUGUAAUGGAGUAUUUGGCGGCUGAAGUACUCGAGUUAGCCGGAAACGCCGCAAGAGACAACAAGAAGACGAGGAUAAUUCCACGUCAUUUGCAGCUAGCUAUCCGCAAUGACGAAGAAUUAAACAAAUUAUUGUCAGGUGUAACUAUCGCUCAAGGUGGUGUUCUGCCUAACAUCCAAGCAGUUCUUUUGCCAAAGAAAACUGGUACUGGUGGAUCUGGUAAAGGCGACAAGGCAUCCCAGGAAUAUUAAUAACCUUUAGAAUAACCUUUCUAACUUAACAAUACUUUAGGACCCAUGACUUUGUUUCUUUCAUCAGAAAUAUGCAACUAUUCCAACAAUAUACAUUGUAGAAUUAUCUUAGUUAACAGUGCGAUAUUCUGUUUCAUUACUAAAUUUUCUUUUAGUAAAUGUGUAGUAUAUUGCAUUAUUAGUUAAGGUAAAAGAUUUGAUAUUUUUUAUUUUCUAUUAUUUAAGUUUGUAUUUUUAUUAAUAUACUCAUUUUGUUUGAUUCACACGAAUUUUGCAUAAAAUUGACAAUGGUAUUAUAUAACAUAUAAGGAUGAGCGAAAAUUACAAUGGUAUAAAUGAUUUUGUGACUGUAAACACUAUUUAGAAUGGAAAUAAAUCAUACUUACUCUUCAAUUUUGA